UAUGAAAGAGAAUAUUAUUUUAGAGGCUAAUUUUAAUACUAUUAUUAAUGAAUGGAAAAAAUUGUUAAUCAAUGAAAAGUUUGAAGAAGAAACAAAUAAUCUUGACACUGAGAUAGAUUUUUUUAAUUUAGAAAUACAUCCUGCUGAAAAUCAAGCUACCAAGUAG